ACAGUAAAAGAAUUAGUCCAAUUAACAUUUAAUUAUGCUCAAAAUAUUUUCCUUAUAUAAUGUAAUAAAAUAAUUAAAAUGAAAAUCUCCCUCUUCAAAAUCUCCCAUUCUUACUUUCUCUCUCCUCUUUCUGUUUCUCUCUCUGUGUUUCUCCUGUCUGAGCUUCAACCAACACCAAACAAUGAGCAACAACAGCGGCGCCUCCUCUCCUUCUUCGUCUUCUUCAUCUUCUUCUUCAAGGGUUUCGAUCCCUAACAAUGUCCGCAAAACCAUUCAGCAUAUCAAAGAGAUCACCAGUAAUCACAGCGAAGAAGACAUCUAUUCUAUGCUUAAAGACUGUUCUAUGGAUCCUAACGAAACCACUCAGAGACUCCUUCAUCUUGAUACGUUUCAUGAGGUGAAAAGGAAGCGGGAUAAGAGAAAGGAGUUGCAGACAGUGAAGAGCAGACCAGGUGAAGAUUCUAGGUGGAAACCUGGUCAACAAGGGCGAGGGACUAGGAAUGCUCGAGGGAACUCUUUUUCUCAGUAUAUUUCUAAUGAUGUUGGGGGUCAGAGAACAGCUGCCAUACGCAAGGAGAAUGGAGAUGCUGGGGGUCAGAGGACAGCUGCCAUACGCAAGGAGAAUGGAGAUGCUGGGGGUCAGAGGUUUUCUGCCAUACACAAGGAGAAUGGAGUAGAAGAGAGUAGAGUGAGAGGUUUCAGGCAUCCUCCUCCGCCUAUUUCCAAGGGAGCAGACUCUAUUCAAUUACGCAAUCUAGAGAAGUCGUCUUCCAUUGUGAAUGGGCCACUAGAGCUGUCUAAUGGUACCCUCAGUGGGAGCCAUGGUGGCCAGUCAACCUACCCAUCCGACAAAAAAAUUGAUGCUAGUGCAGACAAUGCAGGUAGUGUAAUGCCCAAGGCUAAUGCUGAAAAUGCACCCUCUGCUUCAGAUCCUGUGCUGGUGCCCCCAUGUGAUUUGCCAAUUACUACAGAUGGUUCGAUUAAACGGGAAGUGGGAAUUCAACAUAUGUCUGCUGACACAUGUACUGAUCUUGCUGAUAGAGGAAAUCAUCUGAACCAGCAUGAACCCCAAAAUGUUGACAGUUCUCAGGCAUCUUCAUCUUCAAGUGAAAAGCAGCUGUUUGAAGUUGUAGAAGUUGCACAUCCAAAAAUAUUGGGUGAAUGCCCUUCAGCUGAUAAGAGUCAUGUUUCUGACAGUGUUACUGUUGUCAAGCCUUCCUCACGACAAGGUGUAAAGGGUACAACCACAAAGCUAGAGAAGUUAAAAUUCUCUGAUGGUGAACAUGUCAUCAUACCGCAGCAUAUCCAAGUUCCUGAUGCAGUGAAAAAUGUACUGAGUUUUGGAAGCCUUGAUGCAUGUUUUGAGGUCAGGGAAAACUGUGUUGUAGCCAUUGAAAGCAAUGGGAACUCUGACCUUGGUACUGAUUCAGCUCAAGAGGAAACUGUCAGCAAACUUUCUUCACGGUCUGUUUAUGAUCAAGAUGGAAUUUCAGCUUCACCCCAGGCAAUCCAUGCAGAUCAUUUACAACCAGCUUCUCAUUUACCUGGCAAUAAUUCACCCAUUGAUACAGAAGUUUCUUCAUCUGCUACAGUUCCAAAAGCUGAUCAGCCAAAGCAAGAGACUUUGCCAGCUGUAGGCCCUCCGUUUCCUGUUGUUCAAACUGCUCCAAGCUACACCUUUGGUUUCAUGCCUCCAAUGGUGGCAAAUAUGCUUGCCCAACCUGAAGGAUUUGAGUCCCAAACUCAUGUUUCAAACUCUCUGAGUUCUACAGCUGUGUCUACUUCUGUAUCCACCCCUCCUCCAACGCAGUCUGAUGCUGGGCAAAGCUCCGUAGCAGUAUCUCCCCAGCCCAUUCCUCUAUUCCGUCAUCCUUAUCCUCCUAACUAUAUACCUUAUAGCCAUUACUUCUCUCCAUAUUAUGUACCUCCUACAAUGCAUCAGUAUUAUGGUCACACUGCAUUCCCCCAACCACUUCCUACUGGCAAUAUGUAUCUACCCCCACCUACUGCUGCAGCAGGAAUGAAACUUUCUCCUCAUUUUAAGCCAGGUUCCAGUACAGGAAACCAAGUGCCUUUAGGGGUGCCAUCUGGCUAUGGGGCAUACAGUACUGCUCAGGUUGCCUAUAGUCAAAAUGCUGCUGCUGCUGCGACUUCGGGAAACAGUAAUGGUGAAGAUCUUGGCUCACCUGCCCUAAAAGAGAAUAAUAUAUUCCCUGGACAGCAGAGUGAAGGUUCAGCUGCCUGGCUUCAUCCAGCAGCAGGUCGAGAUACAACAAGCUUCCCAUUGAACCCUUUCUUAAAUCUUCCUCAACAAGGACAGCACAUACUCAAUCCUCAAUCUGGACCUGGCGGCUUUGCUCUCUAUCAUGCAAUGCAACCCAUGGGAAGUCCAGCACCCGGUCUUCCACUGUUGCAGCAGUCUCAACCUGUGGCAGGAUCAGUGGAAUCCAAUGGCCCACCUUCAAAUUCCUAUCAACAGCCGCAACGACAACAGCAGGUUAACUGGAACAUGUAGUUUCACAGCAAUAUUUGGUACAUGACUAGAAUGGUCUUUUUGAAGCCUUGUGGAGGGGAGGAGAUAGUAUACAUCGGCCUGCUGAUAGUGUAAAUAUAGAACAAUUUGUGGCCUUGAAUUUGAAAAAAACUGAAAGGAAAAAAAAAGGAAAGAAAAUUAAAGUGAGUAGAUUUCUCUUUUGAUCCCCAUUGAUAUGCAACGCUUUCGGAAUAGUUACUAGGAGUUGUUAAUGGCUUCCAAUUUUUAACAUUUUCAUUCUUUUUGGAUUGGAGGCUGAUAGGAAUUUGGAGAAGUAUGAAAUGAAAUCGUUUUUUGUUAUCAGAAAAUCAUUUCUCCUGUAUAUUGGAUUUUGAUGAAACAUGGUGGAUUAUAGAAUUUGUAAUUGGUAGGAAAAAAAAAAA